CAGGCGGAAGUGGUACUGCCCUGAAUACCCUGAGCAGCGAGCGGAGGACGGCUUGAUAAACUCCCAUCGUUCAGAGAAUAAAAUCGGGAUUCCUAGUACGCUCUAAAUCCUUAAGAUGGAUAAGAACGAUCUGGUGCAGAAAGCCAAGCUGGCAGAGCAGGCCGAGCGCUACGACGACAUGGCGGCUGCCAUGAAGGCCGUGACAGAGCAGGGCCUGGAGCUCAGCAACGAGGAGCGCAACCUGCUCUCUGUCGCCUACAAGAACGUGGUGGGGGCCCGUCGUUCAUCCUGGCGCGUCAUCUCCAGCAUCGAGCAGAAGACGGAGGGGAACGAGAAGAAACAGCAGAUGGCUCGCGAUUACCGUGUGAAGAUCGAGUCCGAACUCCAAGAAAUCUGCCACGACGUGCUGAAUCUGCUCGACAAAUUCCUCAUUCCCAAUGCAUCUCAGGCGGAGAGCAAGGUGUUCUACCUCAAAAUGAAAGGAGACUACUUCAGAUACCUGUCAGAGGUGGCUUCUGGGGACUCAAAGAAGGACACGGUGGAGAACUCUCAGCAGGCCUACCAGCAGGCCUUCGACAUCAGCAAGAAGGACAUGCAGCCAACACACCCCAUCCGGCUGGGCCUGGCCCUCAACUUCUCCGUCUUCUACUACGAAAUCCUCAACUCGCCCGAGCAGGCCUGCUCUCUGGCCAAGCAGGCUUUCGAUGAGGCGAUCGCCGAGCUCGACACCUUGAACGAGGACUCUUACAAAGACAGCACGCUGAUCAUGCAGCUACUAAGGGACAACCUCACUCUGUGGACAUCAGAAAACCAGGGAGACGAGGGCGAAGCCGGCGAGGGAGAGAACUAGAGCGCACUUCACUGUUAACCCAUCCCCACUCUCUUCCUCUUCCUCCUCCUCCUCCUCCUUCUAUCUCUUCCUCUUUCUUCUCUUCUUCCUCUCUUCGUACACAUAAACAGCCCGUUCAUUCCCUUGUCCCACUUUUUCAAGCCCAGCCUCCCGACCUCCCUUCUGUAUAACCAACAGCAUGAAUAGUACCUGACCUUCACAAACAAAUAUUAAAGAAAAAAAAAAAAGGAGGGGAAAUAAAAAGAGAAACUACUCCAUCACCCCUACGAUCCCUCCUCCCUCCCUUCCUCCUCCCCCCUCCCCCCUCCCUUGUUCAUGGCACUCCAAGACAGGCCAAGCAAACUAAAACCCCUGGCCGGUCUAGUCUUACAGCACGCAGGGAGGGUUUUUAUCCAAAACCACAAAAUUAAAUUAAAUGUCUUUUGGAGCCCACAUCCCUGUUUUUACCCUCCUCGUUUAAUCAUUCUCCUCCAUCUGUUCCGUUCUUCCCUCGCUCCUCUUCCCUCCUUUUUUUUCCCCCCUAACAUUUCAGUACGUUCUCUCACCUUCCUCCCCUCCUCUCUCUAGCGAGUUAAUGCAUUUAUAUAGUUGUCCAUCCCUUCUCUUUUUGGCUUUUCUUAGUGUACUGGCAAAUGGCUGGUUUUAUUCCACUUUAAACAAAACAACAAAAAGGUUAUUAAACUGUCCGUUUAUUUUCAACAAA